AUGUCAUGUCCGAAUAACAUAGCGUCCGGUAACUUCCUGAUGGAUUCUUUAAUGGGAGGAUCAUCUUCCUUCAGGGGUGAGGGUUAUUCCAGCAACCCCGGGAUGUACAUCCACACAGCUGCAGAGUACGGAUAUUCGGUGAUGAGAAACAUUGGUAAGAUUGGACCAUCUGCCCUCUCCAAAAGAGACGAGGUUCCUCCGGGCAGUCUGCCGCUCAGCGGCUUCCAGGAUGCGCCCUACCUGUCAACACAGCUGGCCACAUGGACCCCAGGCUCCAAAACCAGUAGGGACGAACAACCUGUUGCCCAGUGUUUACAACCGUGCUCGUUUCCAGGGGGCAACGUCAAAGAGGAGGCGUUUUGUUGCCUCUACCAGGAUGACAGCAAUAAGGGGAAACAGACAACAGAGUCGGCCACUUACAUCCGGCUCGGUGACAAUAGCUGCAGGUCUGAGCAAACCGCCUCGUCCAGCGGCUGUUUCCAGGUGUACAACGGAGAGAGGCCCCAGCAGGACGACCAGCAGUUCCCCUCCGGCUUCUCUCUGACCCACUUGGCGACAUCUGUUGAAUCAGCAUCAGAGUCGACAAUAAGUUGCAGCAAAUCGGCGCAGGACACAGCGAGAGAGGUUUCAAAGACAGAUGAGAGUCAGAGCAGGAAGGAAGAGAAGGCCAAGAGUGACAGCUGUUCAGAUAACUCGGACGGGGAAUUAAAAGAUGAUUUAUUCGCGGAAAAGACAACGGGAAGCUGGUUAAAAGCCAAAAGUGGAAGGAAGAAGCGGUGUCCCUACACAAAGCACCAGACGCUGGAGCUGGAGAAGGAGUUCUUGUUCAACAUGUAUCUGUCUCGGGAGCGCCGCCUGGAGAUCAGUCGAAGUAUCAACCUGACCGACAGACAGGUCAAGAUCUGGUUCCAAAACAGACGCAUGAAGCUCAAGAAGCUCAACAGGGAGAGCCAAGAAAGGGAGCACAGUGCAGUUUAUAACUAUUCCUGAAGAGAUUUCUACCUACACAUGCAUUCACAAACACACACACAUACACACCCAUACACAUACACAUACACACACACCCUACAGCUCUGCAUAGACAUUACAGAUACAGACAGACAUGCAUGUGUCAUCUUAUAAUGCAUUCAAUAAUCAUUCAUCAAAUUUCUCUUAAUGUGCACACCAGACACUCACAUACACAUGGCGUGCCUUCCUUCCUAUAUGAACUAUGAAACGCUGCGACCCGCAGACUAGACAAUAGAGUUCCAGGUGAACCCUUGCAGCAGCAUUGGGACAGUGAGGUGCUUUUACCUUGCAAUGAUAAUUAUAAUAUAACAUGAAGCAAACGAGGAAGCAAUCUCAAGCAGUCUAUAAAUAACUCGUGGCAUGUAAGCAGUUUCACUUUGCUGUGCUACAGCCUAAUGUAUGUUUUGCCACUUGUGCUGCUUCUUCGUUGGUGUCUGUUGCUGUGGCAUAUUCUUCGUGCAGUGUAAUGUGCAUGCACCAGACGAUAUUAAGCUAUGUCAUGGCAAACGAUUCCAAAACAAUAAAAGGAGGGGGAAAUGGAAAGGUAUUACCAACUUUGUCCUUCCCCUGGCAUAGUGGUACAAAUGAGAGGGAGGGAGAGACACUGCGGAUGAGAGAAGAGGUUCAUGGCAGUUUUAAUAGAAGUGAGAGACCAUAACGUUGAUUUAAAUAUUAUCCAGGUGACCACAGUAAGUCAAGGUCAUAAAAUUCUAAUGUCAGGUUCGCCCUGGAAAGCGUUGGGGGUGGAUUUUAUGAUCUGCAAAUAUAAUGUGCUGCAGCAGUAAAGAUGCGUUUAAAGGUGUGUGUGGAGGAGGGCUAAUCCACACAGCAAAGACUGCAAUGUGCAGGAUCCAGCCGAGUCGCUGGGCUGGAAGGAGCAGCCGCCUCCACCCGGGAUAAUGGAGCAGGAGAUAAGAAAGAUGGUGGAUAAAGGGACAGCAACCGCGACGGCUGCAGGAACAAUAAUAACAACAGGCAUCACGGCAAACACGUGGAUAACUAAACGCACCGGGAAGACUUCUGCAGGAGGCAACAGAAGACAGUUCAUCGGGUCAAAAUGAGUGGGACCGUGGAUUUAUCAUUAAAUAAACGCAGGCUACUCAAAGAAAUGUUGCCUGAAGAAAUAUCGCAGAAGCUUCUUCGGGCGCCCCAAGUUGCCAGAGGAUUACUUUGCAACUCCAGAGCUCCGCCAUUGGAGGACGGCCGCACGUGACUACGGCACCCUUCUGUUGCAGGUUGAACCCAGGUGAACAGUGUCAGAGCCCACUGGAGCCUCUGGUUCACUGCCAUGCCAAGGGCAAGCUGGACACCAAGAGCAGGAGCUGCAGUCUACUCUCCAUCUGCGGCUCAGGAGUGAUCUUUCCCUGGAUG